CUGGGAAGUGUUGUCUUACAGGCUGACCCCACGUGGAUACGCAUUUAAGCAUUCAAGCGAAACGUGUGAGGCCAGCCCAACCUGCAGUGAGGGAGGAGGUGCGAAACCUCGAGCAACCACCAUUCUGUUGACUUCUCGUCCCGCCCCCUUGGGCUUCAGAAAUAAUGCUCAGCUGGUGAUUGGCUUUCCCUUGGCGACACCGCUGCCUGAUGGGCUUGGCCUCGCUUUCACCCCUCCUCUGACACGAGCCUCUCGAGCUUCCGGGCCGGCUGCUCGGUGAUUGGCCGAAGCUGUGAGUGGACGGCCGCGGACUGGCUGCGCUCAUCGGCGGGCUGAGCAACUGGAGCAAGGGGAGCCGCUGGACUAAGAUGGCGGCCGUUGAGGGCCCGGUGGGCGACGGCGACCUGUGGCAGACCUGGCUUCCUAACCAUGUCGUGUUUUUGCGGCUUCGGGAGGGACUGAAAAACCAGAGCCCAGCCGAAGUUGAGAAACCAGCUUCUUCGUCAUUACCUUCAUCGCCGCCGUCGCAGUUGCUGACGAGAAACAUGGUCUUUGGCCUCGGCGGAGAGCUCUUCCUGUGGGACGGAGAAGACAGCUCUUUUUUAGUCGUUCGCCUUCGGGGCCCCAGCGGCGGCGGUGAAGAGCCCGCCCUGUCCCAGUACCAGAGAUUGCUUUGCAUGAAUCCGCCCCUGUUUGAAAUCUAUCAAGUCUUGUUAAGUCCAACACUACAUCAUGUAGCACUUAUAGGAAUAAAAGGACUUAUGGUAUUAGAAUUACCUAAAAGAUGGGGGAAGAAUUCUGAAUUUGAAGGUGGAAAAUCAACAGUGAAUUGUAGAAUUUACUCUCUGCGUGAACCCCAGACACCCACUAAGGUGAUUAUACUUUCAGAAGCCGAAGAGGAAAGUCUAGUACUUAAUAAAGGAAGAGCAUAUACCGCAUCUCUAGGCGAGACAGCAGUUGCAUUUGACUUUGGGCCAUUGGCAGCAGUCCCAAGGAAUAUAUUUGGACAAAAAGGCAAAGAUGAAGUAGUGGCAUACCCACUGUACAUCUUAUAUGAGAAUGGAGAGACUUUUCUAACAUAUGUUAGUCUGUUACACAGCCCUGGAAAUAUUGGAAAGCUGUUGGGUCCGUUGCCCAUGCAUCCUGCGGCUGAAGAUAACUAUGGUUAUGAUGCUUGUGCUAUACUCUGCCUACCUUGUGUCCCCAAUAUCUUAGUGAUUGCUACUGAAUCAGGAAUGCUGUAUCACUGUGUUGUGCUGGAAGGGGAAGAAGAAGAUGACCAAACAUCAGAAAAGUCCUGGGAUUCCAGGAUUGACCUCACUCCUUCUCUGUAUGUGUUUGAAUGUGUUGAGCUGGAGCUUGCUCUGAAACUGGCAUCUGGAGAGGAUGAUCCUUUUGAUUCUGACUUUUCUUGUCCAAUCAAACUUCACAGAGAUCCCAAGUGUCCUUCAAGAUAUCACUGUACUCAUGAAGCUGGUGUACAUAGUGUUGGUCUAACCUGGAUUCAUAAACUUCACAAAUUUCUUGGAUCAGAUGAAGAAGAUAAGGAUAGUUUACAGGAACUCUCUAUGGAACAGAAAUGCUUUGUUGAGCACAUCCUUUGUACAAAGCCAUUGCCAUGCAGGCAGCCAGCUCCAAUUCGAGGAUUUUGGAUUGUCCCUGACAUUCUGGGACCCACGAUGAUCUGCAUCACCAGUACCUAUGAAUGCCUCAUAAGGCCUUUAUUAAGUACAGUGCAUCCAGCGUCUCCUCCUCUGCUUUGUACUCGAGAAGAUGUUGAAGUGGCAGAGUCUCCCCUCCGUAUUCUGGCUGAAACCCCAGAUUCCUUUGAAAAGCAUAUUAGAAGCAUUUUGCAACGUAAUGUUGCCAAUCCAGCAUUUUUGAAAUCUUCUGAAAAGGACAUAGCCCCUCCUCCUGAAGAAUGUCUUCAGCUCAUCAGCAGAGCCACCCAAGUGUUCAGAGAACAGUACAUUCUUAAACAGGACUUGGCAAAGGAGGAGAUUCAACGGAGGGUCAAAUUAUUAUGUGAACAAAAAAAGAAACAACUAGAAGAUCUCAAUUAUUGUCGAGAGGAGAGGAAAAGUCUGCGGGAAAUGGCUGAGCGUUUAGCUGACAAGUAUGAGGAAGCCAAGGAAAAACAAGAGGAUAUCAUGAACAGGAUGAAAAAAGUACUUCACAGUUUUCACUCUCAGCUCCCAGUUCUCUCUGAUAGUGAGCGAGACAUGAAGAAAGAACUACAGCUAAUACCUGAUCAACUUCGGCAUUUGGGCAACGCCAUAAAACAGGUCACUAUGAAAAAAGACUAUCAACAGCGAAAGAUGGAGAAGGUGUUGAGUCUUCAAAAACCCACCAUUACUCUCAGUGCCUACCAGCGAAAGUGCAUUCAGUCCAUCCUGAAGGAAGAGGGUGAACACAUAAAGGAAAUGGUGAAGCAAAUCAAUGAUAUCCGCAAUCAUGUUAACUUCUGACACCACCAGGAGCCGAAUCACACUUGAAGUGAACACCACUGAAGGCUUAAACUCAUAUUGUAAAACAGGUAGCAUUAUCUCAUUUAUAAAAAGGCAUUUUGGAUGACCUUUGGUGUGGUUUUUCAUCUUUUUAAAUAGUUUUAUAUUUAUUCAAUAAAUGCUUUUAUUUAAAA